CGGGGGGCCCUGCGCCGGAGCUGGUUGGCUCCCGGUCCUCCCACCCCCGGCCGCUCUCGCACCCACUGAGCUGAGCUCUGACGGGGGCGAGCCUCAUUCAUUCAUUCCCGAGGCGCUUGGGGCAGGGCUGUUCCUGCUCUCACCGCCCCGCGACUCCUGCCCUGGCUGCUGAAGGCCCCUUCCCGCCAUCUAAUGAUACACUCUGCAUACGCUUCUGUUGAAAAUUUGUGGCGAGACAUUCCUGUGGGACCGGGAAUCCAAAUUCUUGGUAGCUAGGAAAAAAUAAAACAACAGCCAACCAAUCCAUCCCAACCCAACCCCAGAAGGGCUGAAACCUCGCCUUCCUCAGAGCGGGGCAUGGCAUCGAACAGCAUCUUCGAUUCCUUCCCGACCUACUCGCAGACCUUCAUCCGCGACCCGAGCACCAGCCGCCGCUUCACACCUCCCUCCACGGCCUUCCCCUGCGGCGGCGGCGGCGGCGGCGGCGGCAAGAUGGGCGAGAACAGCGGCGCGCUGACCGCGCAGGCGGCCGUGGGCCCCGGCGGACGCGCCCGACCCGAGGUGCGCUCGAUGGUGGACGUGCUGGCGGACCACGCGGGCGAGCUCGUGCGCACCGACAGCCCCAACUUCCUCUGCUCCGUACUGCCCUCGCACUGGCGCUGCAACAAGACGCUGCCCGUCGCCUUCAAGGUGGUGGCGCUGGGGGACGUGCCAGAUGGAACGGUGGUGACAGUGAUGGCGGGCAACGACGAGAACUACUCCGCUGAGCUGCGCAACGCCUCGGCCGUCAUGAAGAACCAGGUGGCCAGGUUCAACGACCUCCGCUUCGUGGGCCGCAGUGGGCGAGGUAAGAGUUUCACGCUGACCAUCACCGUGUUCACCAACCCCACGCAAGUGGCCACCUACCACCGUGCCAUCAAGGUGACCGUGGAUGGACCCCGGGAGCCCAGACGGCAUCGGCAGAAGCUGGAGGACCAGACCAAGGCGUUCCCCGACCGCUUCGGGGAACUGGAGCGUCUGCGCAUGCGGGUGACGCCCAGCACGCCCAGUCCCCGGAGCUCGCUCAGCACCACCAGCCACUUCGGCAGCCAGGCCCAGACCCCCAUCCAAGGCACCUCGGAACUGAACCCCUUCUCCGACCCCCGCCAGUUCGACCGCUCCUUCCUGCCGCCCCUCACGGAGAGCCGCUUCCCCGACCCCCGGAUGCAUUAUCCAGGGGCCAUGUCGGCCGCCUUCCCGUACAGCGCCACGCCCUCGGGCACCAGCAUCAGCGGCCUCAGCGUGGCCAGCAUGCCGGCCACCGGCCGCUUCCACCACACCUACCUCCCGCCGCCCUACCCGGGGGCCCCGCAGAACCAGAGCGGGCCCUUCCAGGCCAACCCGUCCCCCUACCACCUCUACUACGGCGCGUCCUCGGGCUCCUACCAGUUCUCCAUGGUGGCCGGCAGCGGAGGCGGCAGCAGCGGGGGUGACCGCUCCCCGACCCGCAUGCUGGCCUCCUGCACCAGCAGCGCCGCCUCGGUCGCCCCCGGCAACCUCAUGAACCCCAGCCUGGGCGGCCAGAGCGACGGCGUGGAGGCCGACGGCAGCCAUAGCAACUCGCCCACCGCGCUGAGCACGCCCGGCCGCAUGGACGAGGCCGUGUGGCGGCCCUACUGACCGCCCGCGGCAGGGUGGACGGCUCUCACCGGCAGCGCGCGGCGGAGGGGAGAGACCCCCAAGAACCUUCCAGACAAGCGCGGCGGGCCCAGCUCCAAGGCUCAGGGCACCAACUGGACUUAAUGCUCCGGGGCAGUCAUGGGCCCCAGACGGGUCCACCGUCCCAGGGGGUGGCCCCGGAGCUGGUGGUUGGCUCUAAGAGCGUCUUAUCCCAGAGCCACGUCUUUGUACAGAGGGGUUGGGACCUCUCCCAGGACCCCACCCCCAGCCCAGAUCAUCUCAUCCCAUGUCCCUGUGGGAGAAGUCCCCUCCUGCCACCCGCCCGCCCCCGCCCCCUCCCUGCCCAGGGUGACCCGGCUGUGCCCAGCUAUGCCCACUGCUGUCAGGGGCCCAGGCCCCCUGGACAGAGACCAUCUCUUUCCCAAAGAGAGGUGGUGUUUGCCCACAUGGUUUGCCCUCUUAUCCACAGAGCCCUAGAAAGACCUCCCCCCGCCAUCUUCCUCAGAGACCCCUCACCCCGUGGGCCCAGCCCUUCCCUCCACAUUUACACUAGUUGAGUCACAACUGGAAGGUUCCCCCAGCCCUGAAAGGGGGGCUUCCUCAUGGUAUGGAUGAGGAAGCAACCCCUCCAGAGGCCCCGGGGAAUCGCUAGCAGAGAUGGAAAGAGAACACCCCAGGCCCGCCCCCCUACCUGAGCUCUGCUCCCCCACAAAUCGUAGCAGCUAAGAGGCCCCAACCCGGUCCCAGGGCCCCAGAGCAGACUGGCCUGUGACAGCAGGUCCCUAAAACCAGGGCGGGCACCUGCAGACGGGGCCUCCGUGCACUUUACCAGUCCAAGCCGUUCGCCCUCUCCUCCCUCUGGGGCCUGGGAAGGGUCCCCUUUCCCCUAGGCUGGUCUCCCAUGUUGCCAUUUUUGGAGAGAGCACCAGGACCGGACAGGUCCUAGCAGAAAGCCUUGGGGUGAGGGGUCAUGGGGUCAGAUGUCAGCCUCCCAAUCCUACCUAGGUCCAGCCAAGCUGCACACACCCCUGACCCCCAGCCUCCUGAGAAGGCCCAGCCAAACCUCCCAACCUCUGACAUACAACCUUCCAUUUUUAACCAGCCUGCUCCCAGAGCAGUCUUGAACAACAACAACAAAAUAGAAAAACAAGUUGUCAAAGCUGGUUUUAGAAAAAGAAGUUUCUCAAACAUUUUCAGACACCCAGUCCCUUACAGGAAAAGGCCCCGUGAUAGUGAAUGAUACGCACCCCACCCCCUCGAGGGUGUGGAAUUGUUAGCCACACCCCCAAAAACCUCCUCAAGAUGUCACAUUCCUUCAGCAGCAUCCUACCAGCUGCCACCAUAGGGAAACCCUACUGUGGAACAAAGGAAGCGCCGGUGAAAGGCUGGAAUCUUAUGUCUGUGACUCUUCAGGCGUCUGUUCUCGUUCGAGAGGGUGUGAGCUGGGGCGCGGUGGCUGAGUGAGGGCAGAUCACAAGAGCUGUUAAGAGCUUGGCAGCCUCAGCCCCGGCUCUGUUCACGGGAAGUGCUACAGUUUGCAGAUGGGAAAACAGUCCUGGCCCCCCGGUUUAGGCACGUCCGAGUGUUCUGGUUCUAGAAAGGCAUAAGAAACCCAUGCCUGAGGGUUUUUUUUUUUUUAAUUCUAGAAAGGCAGAAGGGGAACAGGACAAGAAAACUCUUAGAAGCAUUGGGCAGCAUGUGGAUUUAGUCGCUGUUUUCGGCCCCAUCUUCUGUGGAGGUGGGAAUCUCCACAAAGUGCCCCUUGGCGGUUGUCUCUGUAACAGCACUUGGCCAGCCCGUCACCCCAGCCUGCAGCCACCGCCGGAGAAGCACACGGGGUACACACUCAGGCAGGUUAGGAAGUCCUUCUGGUGGUCUUACUCAACCCCCCUCUUGCUGCAGUUUGUCUUCUGGAAAAAAAGCACGUCUCCAUCCCUUUAAAACAGCUGCUGGGGGAUUCCACUGACUCCCUCAGGCAGCGUGCAGGUUCUGGGGGGGCAGGCUCCCCACUCCUCCUCAGGAAGCAGCUACAGAUUCACUGCCCCGGUGUCUUCUCUCCUGUUCCCUGUGGUUGUACACGGGCCCCAGGCUCCAGCGGGAGGCACCCUUGGGUCCCCAGGGCCCAGCACUUUGUAGCCCUCCCCACCCCCCCAGAUGACUACCCGCUUCCUGAUAUCCAAGCCCUGGUCGGGGCAGGGACCGGAAAAUAAAUUGACCCCUUCACCCCCUGCCCAGUCCCCAACUAAAAGUGAUGGCAGCCAUGCUGAGUCUUGUUUUUUUAAUGCCCAUGGUGGGUGCAGACAGCUUGGGCUGGUAAAAAUGGGUCCUUAUUUACAAGGCUGCUUUAAAGUCAUACGAGGCAAACACACUGGCUCGGAAAGCAAGAGGAAUCAAGGGGUAUGGGUACCGUUUACUGUAAGCCUGUUGGUGAUGGGUACAGGUUGGUUGUGACAUAUUGUCAUGCUGAUAUGUUCAUACGUGCUAUACGCAUACCUUCCGUAAAACCGUCCCAGGGCUGGGAAGAGGGUGGGGGAGGGAUGGAAACUUGCUUUGCACUAUAAUUUGCUUGGUGUGUUUGUUUUUAAUGCACAAUUUGCUUGUACAGUAAACCGUCUUCUAUACUA